AUGAAUGUUCGGGUCGUUGCACGUAUUCGACCGCUUCUGAAGUCAGAACGCGAUUUGGACGUCAUUCUUCGCACCGGUCCGUCUGCCAACAGUGUCGACAGGAAGGCUACCGAACUAGAAAAGGGUCGAUUGGCAACACUGAGGGAUAGGGAUACAGUAGUACGCAUCCCGAAUCCAAAGAAUGAGAGUGAAGAGUACUCCUUCCAAUUCAAUGCUGUCUACGAGGCAGAAGCCACACAGCAGGAACUAUAUGAGGCAGAGGUUGCCCCCACCGUGAAACACCUCUUCAACGGCUUCGAUGUUACACUAUUCGCAUAUGGAGUUACGGGUACGGGUAAGACGCACACCAUGAGAGGCGGUAAGAGCUUGGUCGACAGAGGCGUCAUUCCUCGUCUUCUGAGUAGCAUAUACAGACGCAGCCGGAAGAUGGAGAAGGACAGCAACGGCGAAACCAGCGUCAAGGUUUCUCUGAGUUACUACGAGAUCUACAACGACAAGGUGUUCGACUUGUUCGAGCCCCCCGAGAAGAGGACGUUGGCAGGCCUGCCUCUCCGUGACAAUGGAGGCAAGACAGUUGUUGUCGGUUUGACGGAGAGGCCAUGUCAUAAUCUGAAGGAGUUUGAAAGCCUGUAUGACCAGGCGAACAUUAACAGGUCGACGUCUGCCACCAAGCUGAAUGCCCACUCAUCACGGUCUCAUGCCAUCCUCUGCGUGCGCGUGGCGGUCAGCACUGGUGACAAAACAUGUAUUAGCACCGCGUCGGCCAUUGAUCUUGCCGGCUCAGAGGACAAUCGUCGGACAGACAAUGACAAGGAGCGCAUGGUCGAAUCCGCCAGCAUCAACAAAAGCUUGUUCGUCCUCGCUCAGUGCGUGGAAGCGAUCAGCAAGAAGCAUUCCAGGAUCCCAUACCGUGAAUCGAAGAUGACCCGGAUUCUCUCGCUCGGCCAGAAUAAUGGGCUGACCGUGAUGAUCUUGAACCUUGCCCCCGUCAAAUCUUACCACCUGGACACAAUCAGCUCCCUUAACUUCGCCAACCGUACAAAGAAGAUCGAAGUGCGCGAAGUGGAGAAUGAACCCAUUUUCAAGGGCCCUCCCCGGCCGGUGGCACGGCCGUCGGUCAUAGGCACGUUGCGCCAACCGUUGCGGCCUUUGACUGCCUCGGUCAAUGUCAAUCUGACCACGACGGCAGCCAAAGACGCAGCCAACCCCGAGAAACCCCUGAAAGCAUUCCACGUCUACUCCGACAAGUCACAGCCCCGUUACUCCACCCAGUUCAAGAAACCUGAAUUACCCAAGCGGGCGUCACUUAGCGCUGAUACCACCAUGCGAGUCGCGAAACAGCCCAUGCGUCUCACCCAGCCCCUUCAACAGCAGCCCCCUAAGCAGUUUGAGGACAUUUCUGCUGCCAGAAUUGAGGAGAUGGUCGAGAGGAAAGUCGAGGAAAUCCUCGCUGUGCGAGCAGUCAGCGAACAGUCGAGACAAACACAAGUACGCGAGCUCAACGAGCAGGUGCAACGCCGGCUGGAGCUUCUCGAACAACGCAUAGAGGGGUCGGAAGACGCAAGAGCAGAAGGCCUGUCAUACCUCCUCAUGGCUAAACAGCACCAAGGCCGUGGCGAAGACAACUUCGCUCUGAAGAUGUACCAACUCGCCCUUCCAUUCUUCCCCAACAACGAGAAGCUCGCCCGCAAGAUCGCAACCUUGAAGGAGCGCCUCCACGGCAAAUCCCACUCAGACACCCUCGCUGGUGAUACAACCAGCACCACCAUUGCGAACUCUGCCGGCGGAACAGGAAAGCGCGAUUUCGGAAGCAUGCUGUCCCUGGAGAAGCAAUGCACAGCCAAGACGAAUUCGAAACGCAAUCACGCAGACGACUCCGACGCAGACUACGAGCCCGGAGACGACACCACCACCAACCAAGGACACAACCAGGACGAGGAGAUCGAGGAAAUCGAGCUUGACCUGGAAGAAAUCGCCCACUCCCGCCGCCGGAAGCGCACUCGCACCAAAACCCCCGUUGAUGCCGUCGAGGAUUUCGAACCGCCUUCUCCAAGGACUAUCCACCUCCUCUCCAUAAUCAACUCGCGGGACGUGAGCCAGAUCAAGCUCCUGAAGGGCGUGGGCGUCAAGAAGGCCGAGGCUAUCGUCGACUGUCUCUGCGAGAUGGACCAGCACCUGGAGAGUCACGAGGUGGAUCAAGAACAAAGCGCCGCAGCUGCCGCAGCUCAAGUUCACAUCCACAGUCUCGCAGAGCUGAGCAAGUUGAAAGGAGUGGGGAUGAAGAGCGUUCAGAGCAUGCGCAAUGGCGUUCUGGUGUAGAAGACUUUCUCUCCUCGAGUUUUUGACUUAUCUACCUUCAAUCAAUGUGC